AUGAAACCUAACUUAAAGCAAUGGAAACAACUCAUGCUGUUUGGGAUCUUUGCAUGGGGUCUCCUUUUUCUGGUGAUAUUCAUCUAUUUUACAGAUAGCAACACUGCUGAGCCAGUUCCGAGUUCCUUUGCUUACAUUGAAACUAAGAGGCUUCUGCCCCUUCAGGGCAAGCAGAGAGUCAUCAUGGGAGCCAUUCACGAUCCAUCGUUCUCAGAAACCAUUGAUGGGAAUGAGGUACUUCUUAAUGAAGAUCUCUUAGGUACAUUUAAAUCUGGGACUGGAAGUAUUAAGAAAUGGACUGAUUUGGAAGAUGCCUUUAGAAAUGAAGAUGAGUUUUUUCCAUCCCAGAUAGGAAGAAAAUCAAAAAGUGCUUUCUACCAAGUGAAUGACGAUUAUUUAUUUGCUGCUGGUCAGCCUCAGUCACAGAACCACCUUCAAGAGAUAGCAAAAUUCAUCUCAGCAGAUGAGGAUAAUCCAAAAGUAAGUAUUUUACAGAACAACUGGAGCCAUCAGAGAAGAAUGAGGAGGAGAAGCACAAAGCCGAGGAGAAGCCGGAUGCUUGAUGAAUCUGAUGACUGGGAUGGGCUAUAUUCCACAAUGUCGAAAUCCUUUCUUUACAAGCUUUGGAAAGGGGAUGUCUCUUCCAAGAUGCUAAACCCUCGACUGCAGAAGGCGAUGAAAGAUUAUUUGAGCACCAAUAAGCAUGGGGUGCGGUUCAAGGGGAAACGAAACUCCAAGUUGACAGGAGACCAGCUAUUCUGUGAGCUAAAAGAAAGGGUGAAUGUGAAAACAAUAGAUGGCAAGGAGGCUCCCUUCUCCACUCUUGGAUGGGAAAAGCACGUUCCCCAAAUUCCACUGGGCAAAUUGCAUACACAUGGCUUUGGGAGCUGUGCCGUAGUUAUGUCUGCUGGUGCCAUACUGAACUCCUCUCUGGGGGAUGAAAUAGAUUCUCAUGAUGCUGUUCUAAGAUUUAAUUCUGCUCCAACACGUGGCUAUGAAAAAGAUGUUGGAAAUAAAACAACCAUGCGGAUCAUUAACUCUCAGAUUCUCACCAAUCCAAACCAUCACUUUGUUGACAGCUCCUUGUACAAAGAUGUUAUCUUAGUAGCCUGGGAUCCUGCCCCCUACUCUGCAAAUCUGAACGUGUGGUACAAGAAGCCAGACUACAAUCUGUUCACUCCCUACGUACAGCAUCGCAGGAAGAAUCCAAAUCAACCAUUUUACAUUCUCCAUCCAAAGUUUAUAUGGCAGCUCUGGGACAUCAUUCAGGAGAACACUAAAGAGAAGAUACAGCCCAACCCUCCUUCUUCAGGUUUUAUUGGUAUCCUCAUCAUGAUGUCCAUGUGUAACGAAGUGCAUGUGUACGAAUACAUCCCUUCAGUCCGACAGACCGACCUAUGUCACUACCAUGAACUCUACUACGAUGCAGCUUGUACCUUAGGGGCCUACCACCCACUGCUUUAUGAGAAACUGUUGGUGCAAAGGAUGAACAAAGGUUUGCAGGAUGAUCUGUAUCGGAAGGGGAAAGUCAUUUUGCCAGGGUUCAAAGCUGUCAAGUGCCCCAAACGAAAUAAUUUCCCACACUUGUAGAAGAGAGUCCUUCAGAAACAAUGUGCAAUAAGGUACUACUGUCGUACUAUAAACAAGAGAAGAAUACUUGAAAAAUGUAUCUUAGACCAAUCUAGUCUUGAGUCUAUAAAUUGUAAUUAAGUAGCAGGCAUGAAUACUUCUUUUCUGAGCCUGAGUAUUUAUUACUGCUUUGCAAAUAGUUGAGAAAAAGGCUUAGCUCAUGAAAGGUGCAAAGGACAUACUUAGGCAGAAAUAUAAUGUAUUGUUGUGGGUGUGAAUGUCAGAAUUUGUCAGUGGUCUCUUGUGCCACAUAUGCUAGACUGUAACUUUUUUUUAAUGAACUUAUUUAACUGUCAAAUCUGGCAUUGUGAAACAGCCUCUAUUGUUCAUGUACAGAGAGCCAGUUGAACAAUGCAGUGUUUCUCAUGGCUCCAUGGGGUUUUCACACUCUCCAAGAAUGAAGUAAUCGCUCCUCUGAGCUGUGCAGUCAUUGACUAGAGUAGACUUUUAAUUCCUGUUCAUAUGCAGGCUCAGUUACAAGCCUCCAGCUGUACAGGGGGCCUUACGGUGGCUAUGAAAUCAGUGCAGAUGGAGAUGGCUGUACACACAGCUAGACCAGUUAAUUGACUGGAUGUGCUUCGGAUGCUAGACACCCAGUGCUCACACUGACCACAUAGGGC